AUGAAGGUGGCUCUUGUCCGCUUGUGGCAGGGAUCUCACGAGUAUUAUGAAUGGCAGCCCGCCGACGCAAACGUACACGACCACGUAUGGUUCCCCGAAAUUGACAUUGGGAACCUUGUUUCGCUUCCUCGAAAAGGGCCCGACUGGCAUGCGGCAAAGGAGGGAAACCUCCUUCUCAGCCCCCCCCAAAAGCCCGAUUUACAAACAAGCUGGCGCCUGUCUAGUUAG